AUGGCUACAGGGGAGCAGAGGCAACAGGAGCGACGCCGGCAGAGGGCUCGGCAGGAGGAGCUGCUCCCGGCAGAGAUCCAGGGCAAGCACCCCCUGCAGAACAGAUGGGCACUUUGGUUUUUCAAGAAUGACAAGAGCAAGAUGUGGCAGGCAAACCUGCGCCUCAUCACCAAAUUCAGCACUGUGGAGGACUUCUGGGCGCUGUACAGUCAUAUCCAGCUCGCCAGCAAACUCACAGCUGGCUGUGACUACUCCCUCUUCAAGGAUGGCAUUGAGCCCAUGUGGGAGGACAGCCAGAACAAGCGUGGUGGGCGCUGGCUCAUCACGCUGGCCAAGCAGCAGCGGCACACCGAGCUGGACCGGUUCUGGCUGGACACACUGCUGUGCCUCAUUGGGGAGAUGUUUGAUGAGUACAGCGACGAGGUGUGCGGGGCCGUCAUCAACAUCCGCACCAAGGGGGACAAGAUUGCCAUCUGGACCCGGGAGGCGGAGAACGAGGAAGGGGUCACCCACAUCGGGCGUCUCUACAAGGAGCACCUGGGCCUGCCACAGAAGUUGGCCAUUGGGUACCAGGCUCAUGCAGAUACAGCCACCAAGAGCAGCUCCCUACCCAAGACCAAGUUUGUGGUGUGA